AUAUAUACACGUUACGAAUGACAUUGAGUAUGCUCAAUCAAUCAAGCGUGUAGACUUGAGGUCACUUCUCCAAAAACAUUCCCCCAGUUGACGCCAUGGACAUCCUGAUUGUUUUCGCUCUCUUCCACAUGGCCAGGAUUGCCGGCGCCGCGCCUCUACCGGAGGUUUGCGCAGACAUGUGCGCACUUGUUGACGGGGCGCAAUUCCAAGCGCUCGUCCGGAGGAGCCGCACUUUAACCGAAAAGAUCCUGCUUGCCAUUCCUGACACGUACAGAUCGAGCAUCCACGACGAGACUCUGAAGUUGAAUUCUUCCGAAAACGUCAGGCUGGGCACAAUGGCGUCCAACAUCAAUUUCCCAACUGCUCCUGUGAUCAAAAUUACUUCGGAAAAAGUUCCCUUGGAGAGCAGUCUGAUCCUUACGCACGAGGGCCUGCAGCAGCACCAGGCCUUGCUGAGCUCCAUCUCACCUCACCUAGAAAACAAGCAGAGAGCGACCGACCUCAUGAAUACGGUCCGGGAUCUCGCCGUUCAAAUUAGCAAGAUGUUGCAAGGUCUCCAGACAGAUUACGUCCUGCAGACAACGCCGAGCCCCGUGGCCUUGCGCCUGCACGGUGACUUUGAGGUGCAGGUGGCCGCCCACCUGACGUUGGUGCAGCUCCAGUCGCUGGGCCAGGAUGUCCAUCGCUUCCUCAGGGGCCUGGACAAGAGCCAGCAGGAGGAAACGGACAGCGAUCUGCUGACAAAUCUGAAAUAAUCUUUAUUGUUAUUAUUUAUAAUAGUAUUUAUUAAAGUGUUGAGGCAUUUAUUUUUUUAUUUGCUAAAACAAUUCAAUACUGAAUAUAUUAUUUAUCUAUUAUUUAUACAUUAUUUAUGGAAUAUUUUUGUAUGAAUGCUUAUAAUAUUUAUAACCUGUCCUUCAAUAAACCCUUUUCUUAAUUUCGG